AUGAUGAAGAAGGGCAGAACCAGGCCCUACUAUGGGGAAGCAUCCCUAAGGUCCUCAGAGCCUCCAUUCAACAAAGACAUCAUGGAAGAUCUAUUGCCCAGUAGAUUCAAGAUGCCCGCCUUUGAAAGAUACGAAGGUUUGUCUGACCCCAUUGAUCACCUGGACAAUUUCAAAAUGUUGAUGCAGUUGCAAGGGGCUCCUGACGCCAUUAUGUGUAGAGCUUUUGCUACCACCCCAAAGGGUACUGCCAGAGACUGGUAUCGAACUCUUCGACCAGGAUCUGUCAGUUCCUUCCAAGAGAUGGAGCAAAUGUUCACCGGCCACUUCCUUAGUAGCCGGAGAGUUGCUAAAACAACAGGCCAUCUAAUGAGUAUGGUGCAAGUGGAGCGGGAAACUCUAAAGAACUUCAUGCACCGGUUCAACACAGCAACCCUAGAAAUCCGCAACUUAGAUAUGGGGGUAGCUUUGGCUACCUUGACAACGGCUCUCCAACUCGGAAGCUUCUUAUACUCCCUAGGUAAAAAACCGCCAGUGGACAUGGGGGAAUUAAUGAUCCCAGCAGAGAAGUACAUAAACUUGGAGAAGAUGAUGGAUACGAGAGGAAAUCGCAUAGAGCGGAAAAGGGGAAACAAUAACAGAGAAUCUGGAGACACCUAUAAAUCUACGCAUACUGAUAGACAACAGGAGCUCGGCCAACAUCAUGUUCUGGUCGGUCUUGGUCGGGAUGAAGAUCGGCAAGGAACGACUGAAGCCCGUCUUGACCCCCUUGGUAGGAUUUGGAGGAAACACCGUUCACUCCUUGAGAACAAUCACGUUACCGGUAACAAUAGGGACGACCCCGCAGCAGGUAACGACGUUGGUAGAAUUCCUGGUGGUUGA